AUGAUUUUUCCUGCUUCUCUGCGAAAUCGAGAAGCUCAAAAAGAAAGUGAUAAGAAUUUGAUCAAAGGUGGGAACCGACAAGAUCAGGUAAGGUCACACAGCGCUGAUGAACCCGUAGAUAACUGCAAGACUCGCAGGACACAUUCCUGAAUUCGUAUCAAGAACCCGGAGAAAAGGCGUUCCGAUUCGUCCUGGAAUGGCGUGCCAAAAGAACAAAAGGCGUCGGUGCCACUCGAACGACGGCGACUCUUCGCUUUUGGCGCCACCACGGCGGCGGCCGCUCUCUCAUUAGACGACGACGACGAAGACACGCUCAUCCAGAGACUACUGAUAGAGUUGCCAGUGUCUUAA